AUGGCUGAAGUGAAGUGCACCAUCUGCGGCGAUCGUGGUCAUGUGGCUUCCGACUGCAAGCAAGCAGCGGAGCAGCAUCAGAAGGAGAACGUGGACUGGAAAGCCGAAGCUGAGAAGAAGCGUGAGCUAGAUGAAGAAUAUGAGAAGAUGAUGAGAGAGCUGGGCCUGUCCAAGCCAAAGGCCAAGGCACCGCCGCCGCCGCCAGGUGAGCCCGCUGCAUCCCCAGGGAACCUGGAGGGAGCCAAGGCGGCUGCGGCGCUCCUGGCGCAGGAGCCCAAGGCUCCAGGCCUUGUGGGCCAUCGCGAGGUCCAAACGGUGCCGAGGCCUCCCAGUUCGUGUACGGCCCUAGUCCCGGCCGGUGCCACGCCAAAGAGCGAGGCGUUCCCCAGGCCGGUUGGGCCCGUCAAAGGGAAGGGCGGAGGCAAAUCCUGGGGCAAGCGGCCACCUCGUCCGCGGAUGGUGCCAGCACAGCCGCCCAGAGACGCCGACGUCUCCAUCGGCUGCCCGCGCAUGCUUGCGCAGCAGCUCUUCUCUAGCGGGUUCCGAGUGCUGCAGGAGAUGGGCCAGGAGACAGGGGCGAGAGUAACCAUCCACGAGCGGCCGGACCAUGAGGGCGGGCCUUACUUCGCCAUCCUCGGCACGCAAGAAGCCCGGGAGAUGGCCAAGAUGCACGUAAGGGCCUGGCUCGACGUGAACUCCCGUGCCUUUCAGCCGGAAGGCUUGCCUGCGGCCCCGCUGGCAGCCCCGCUGGCGGCCCCGCCUUUUCAGCUUCCAGAAGGCUUCCCACCGGGGUUUCCGCCACCUUUCGGAGGCGACAUGCCCCCGGGCUUUCCUCCUGGCUUUCCUGUUGGCCUGCCCGCUGGCUUUCCCCCCGGCUUCCCGGCCUUCCCGCCGGCCGUGCCAGGCCCGGUUUUGGAUGCCAGACUGGUGCAGGCCGGAUCCCAUGGCAUGUCGGCAGAGGCGUACGAUGAGAUCUGA